AUGACGAAGAAAACGGUGGAGCAUCAUGUUCUAAAGCAUGUGGAUCUCCAUGGCAAUGUUUUCGAAGUCCCAACCUUCACCAUGAAGCAGAUCCACAAUGUUAUCCCGGCGCAUUGCUUUCGCCCAUCAAUUGCCCGCAGUAUGAGCUAUGUCGUGCGAGACUACCUCCUACUCGGGUCCUUAUAUUGGAUGCGAAGCGCCCUCGGCCAGGACGUCGACCCCCACAGGAUCAGCGUGGCUGAAUUGACCGAAGAUGUCCCCUUGGUGACCCUCUGGCGCUACUUGCUAUUCCAACUUUUCGGCUGGCCUCUAUACAUACUAGACAACUUGAGCGGCCAGAAGGGGGCUUCUGUGUUCUCUACCGUUCGGGUGUUCGACCUUUGGACAAUUUUCAUCUUCUACGGCAUCCCAUACCUCUGA